GGCGCGUGAACUAAUCUGCGUCAUGGCUGAAGUCCCAGAAGAUUACGAUUCCGGCACGGAUGAAGCUGAAAACCUGAGUUCUGAGAGACCACAACUGCCUGGACCUCUUGAAAUAUUUGAAGGUGCCAAAUCAGACACAAUGUCAGAGGCAGGCCUGGAGCUGCUUGUAAAGACUGAUCAAAAGCUACAACCAGAGACGAAGGAAGAGGACUUCGAAGAGGGGGCGCUAGAGAGGGCUAAGUAUGUACAUCCACCCCUAACACCAAGUAUGGAGUCCCAAGAAGAGGUUCCCAAGGAGUCAGAGAUAGACCUUUCUAGCGAGACUGAGCCAGGGAUUCCCCAAGAGGUAAAGUCAGAGACAUCCAGAGAGAUGGGAGGAGAGCUUUUCAAAGACUUGGAUGAAAACCCGGAGGAGCCAGACUUAGAGCCACCAGAAGAGACUGAACCAGAUGUUACAGAGGAUGUACUCAUAGAGUCAGCUAAGGAAACAUAUCCAGAGCUACCAAAAGAAACCGAGUCUGAGGUUGCAAGAGCCACAGUCAGUGAGACAAGAUUAGAGUUACUAGAGGAGAACCAGCCGGAGAGCCUAGAGGAAUCACUUGGAGAGCAAAAGGAAGAGACAGUCGAACCUCCAGAGGAGACCAAACCUGAAUUUCCAAUUGAGAAACCAGAAAAGUCAAUUGAAGAGGCAGAUGUACGGCCACCAAAGAUGACAACAUCAGAGUUUCCAGAGGGAACUCAAAGAAAGUCACCUGAGGAGAAAAGGACAGAGCCAUCUGAGCAGACCAUACUGGAGUUUACAGAGGUGAAACCAAGAAAGUCUACCGAGGCAGAUCUGGAGCCUCCAGAAGAGACUAAACCAGAGGGUCCAGAGGAGGCAGGUCUAGAACUUUCAGAAGAGACUAAACCAGAGGGUCCAGAGGAGGCAGGUCUCAGGCCUCCAGAAGAGACUAAACCAGAGGUUCCAGAGGAGGCAGGUCUCGAGCCUCCAGAAGAGACUAAACCAGAGGUUCCAGAGGAGGCAAGUCUUGAGCCUCCAGAAGAGACUAAACCAGAGGUUCCAGAGGAGGCAGGUCUUGAGCCUCCAGAAGAGACUAAACCAGAGGUUCCAGAGGAGGCAGGUCUCGGACCUUCAGAAGAGACUAAACCAGAGAUUCCAGAGGAGGCAGGUCUAGAGCCUCCAGAAGAGACUAAACCAGAGGUUUCAGAGGAGACAGGAAGAAACUUAACUGAGGAAGAAGGGAUGGAGCCAUCUGAGCAGACUAUACCAACCUUUCCAGACCAGAAACUAAGUAAGUCUACUGAUGAGACACGAAGAAAGUCAACUGAAGAGAAAGUCCCAGAGCCAUUAGAAGAGAUCAAAUCAGUGUUUCCUGAGGAAAAAUCAAGAAAACCAUUUGACGAAACAGGUCUAGAGCCAUCAGGAAAGACCAAACCAGAAAUUCAAGAGGAGACACGAAGAAAGUCAACUGUGGAGAAAGUUCUAGAGCCACCAGAGGACACUAAACCAGCAGUUCAAAAAGAUAAGCAGAGAAGAUCAGUUGAGACAGGACUGUCGCCACCACAGAAGUCCAAAUCAGAGGGCAUACGAAGAGAGUCAACUGAAGAAAAAGGUCUAGAGCUUCCAGAACAGACUACACCAGAGUUUCCAAAGAAAGAACCAAAGACACGAAAUGAAUCAACUGAGGAAAUACAUCAAGUGCCACAACAGAAGACCAAACCAGAGGUUCAAAAGAAGACACACAUAGAGCCUACUAAGGAGAAAGAGCUAAAGUUACCAGAUAAAGCCAAACUACUACUUAAAAGAGAGACACAUAAAGAAUUUGCCAAGGAAGAUAGGCCAGAACCAAGCAGAUUUAAGCAUUUUGUAGACAAGAACAAGCUAGAACUUUCCAACUAUCAAUCAAGAAAGUUGAUAGAAGAAACUAAAAAGUUUUCAAAAGAUUCUAUUUUUGGGUCUCUCACAGUAAGUGAAAUAGACUCAAUAAGUACAGAUUAUGAGUUUUCAGAAUCCGUAAAACUGUAUGAGUUUCCUGAUACCAGUAAUGACAUAUAUCCCUCAGAGUCUCAGAGGGAUUUGAGAGACUCUUUUAGUGAAAAGGAAGUUGUAGAUUUGUCCCUAGAACAGAAGAAACUGGUACAUAAAGAUAAAGAAGCCCAGCCAACAGAAAGGAUGGAGCUACAAUUUGAGUAUCUUAAAUGGAGCCCAGAGAAAGUUGCAGAGUGGAUUAGCAAGCUAGGCUUCCCUCAAUACAAGGAGUGUUUUACCGCAAACUUCAUCAGUGGCCCAAAACUCAUCCAUGUAAACUGCUCAAACCUCCCUCAGAUGGGGAUAACAGAUUUUGAGGACAUGAAGGUAAUUUCUCGGCACACACGAGAGCUUCUGGGUAUUGAAGAGCCAUCAUUUAGUCGCAGCAUCAGCCUUCCCUAUAGAGACAAUAUUGGCUUAUUUUUAGAGCAAAAAGCUCAUACUGGGGUAAAAUCCGAUUCCUUGACCUUAUCUGAAUUUGUGCAAGUAGCAGGAUUACAGGAUUAUGAUUCACAAAAAACUGCCCCUGAAGACAAUGAGGCAGUAUAUUACACUGAGCCAUAGGGAAAAGCCAUUUCACUUAGCUUGAAAAAUCCAACUAAAUUACUUGGGAGAAGAAGAGUGGCCUUUUAGGGUUUUUUUUCUCCUCUUCAUUAAGUAUCAGAGUUUGAACUGCUGGCUCUAUUCCUAGUUCUGUUACUGACUCACAGCACCUUCCCUUUAUUUGUGUUUCAAUUUAGCCCCUCAUUAAAACAAAGAUAGCAAUAUUUCUUUCUGGGUAAUUGUAAAAAUUCCUGAUAAAUUCUAGUAGUGCAUCUGGUAGUAGGAACAUGUUGGGAAAAUAGAAUUAAAAGUAAAAUUUCCUGCCAACCCAGAUAAUCCUCUCCACAAAUGCAGAAAAAGAAACAAUUUUAUUAUUGAAUCAGUAUUAAAUCAGACUGUGAUGCACAUUGCAGGCAAGCCACUGAAGAGAUUGCAAAGACAAAGAAAUCUCACCCUUUUAUAUAGCCAGGCAGACACAGUGCAUUAUUUAUAUGCUGUCUAUAUCCAAAGGAAAAAUAAAACUUCUCAUAUCUCUAUGACAAAUAGGAAGUUAAUACUUGGACCCCGGCACUUAAGCUAAUCUCCCACAGAUUCAGGGAGACAAGGUACCAUCCUCCUGGAUGCUCACGUUUCAGAAAUGACUCCAAGGUCCCUCCAAAAGACAGUCCUGGGAUAUAAACCCGGCAGAAGGUUUUUCUGCUUUUUAAAAGAUUUACAUACAUCUCAAAAACAGAGAAGAAGGAUUUAAAUCACAAAUUUUCUAAAGAAAAUGUUUUGAGGAAAAGAAACAGGGAAGUUCUCUAUCCCUUUUGGCAUCAGAGAAAAUUUUUUUUAAAUAAUUUUUUAGAUUUGCAUUUAUCCUCACAAACAGCAUGGCUUAUAGAAGUACCAUGAAGUACAGACUAUCGAGUACGGUCUGGGGUUUGUUACAAGGCUCUUUUAUUUAGUACCUUCCAGACAUUUAUAAAAUGAAAUUCAGGCCAGGGUCCACCCAUGACUGAACUGCUCAAAAGAAAUUACAAAAUACGUCUCGUUGCUUGAAUAACUCCA